CUUCAUCAUUAUUUUUUUUAUUAUUCUCUAUUCUACUACUUAUAUCUAUAUCAGUAUACAUAAAUAUACAACAAGUCUAGUAUGGAUUUAGAUCCAGAGAAAUUGGAUAAACUACGUCGAUUGAUAGGUAAGACAAGUUAUGAAUUGAAUGCCUUAAAAUUAAACAAUGAAAUAAAUAUAAAGAAGCAUUUUAAAAUUAUUCCUAGAGUAAAAGUAAAGAGUAAAGAAGAGAAACGUAUCAGCCUACAAAUGGUUGAUUCUAUACCAGAUCAAUUAGCAAGUAAAUCACUGGAAAAAAGUUUCAUUCAUAAUUAUGAACGUCAUUCAAUUCUACGCACUGUAUUACACUUAACGUCGCAUACAUUUGAUGGAGAUUAUUUAGAAAAUACAUUCGAUAAAAGAAAGUUAAUUCGUGUAGGUAGUCGACUCAAAACAAUCAAUGCUGCUGCUGCUGAUGAUGAUGAUGGUGACGUUGACGAGGAGGAUAUGGUCGUGGUGGAUGGUAUUCACAGUGAUUCAACAGAUCAAUAUAGACGAAAAACCGGCAGUAAACGUAUCACAUGUCAAUGGGAUACAAAAUCCAGUGGUAAAGAGGAUAUCAUACCAUAUUAUCAUCAAUAUCAACGUCCGUGUAUCUUCCCUCUACCAUUAGAUCUUACUGAUUAUCGUCCAUUGAAUGCUCCAUUUGUACCAGAUUUAAUUUUUUGUUUAGUCAAUUUAAUUGAAGCAAAUUGUUAUAAAGAAGGUUGGAAGUGUAUGUUUCAAGCAUUGAAUGAACAUGAUUGUAAGGCGAAAGAAUAUGUUAUAAAGUUGAUACAAAUUGGAAAUAGUAAGCGAAAGUUAAAAGAAGUUAUACAACGCUUGCCGACACCAGUAAUGAUUGCAACAUUACGUGCAUUUUUAAGAGAAUUUCGUAUUAAACCAUUGCAUUUACCUGAUCGAAUAGUUCGAGAUUUAGUGAAACAACCACUGUAUGAUCAAUUCUCACGACCAAAUAAACAAUUACGCCUUAUCAUACGUAAAUCAUCAUUGUGUAGUCCAAGAACACAAAUCGAUACUUUGGCUUUUUUAAUGACGCAUAUUUUGCACGCUUGUGAAUAUGCUAGGAAUCAAAUGCAAGGGAAGAUUAUAUUAUGUAAUAUUUAUGGACCAUUAUUGAUCAGUUUUUCGCAUAAACCAGAUUUUAUACGUGAUUAUUUCAAUGAAGAUUGUAUUCUAAGUAAUAGUAAUAAUACUAUAAAUAAUUAUCAACGUACAACUUCUCUUGCUACUAAAAAUGAUUUCUGCGAUAAGAAUUCAAACAUUGUCCGAUCUACUUAUCAUCAGUGUGUGGAAUCAGCUGUAUUACAAGCGAUAUUAGAUGUUUGUGAUUUAUAUUUUUGGAAUUAUAUUGGCUUAUUUAAAAUCCAAUCAUUAUUUAUGCACAAAACAAACCAGGAAAAACUUCGUCAAACUCUACUCGAUCCGUAUUCAAAAUUGGCUCGACGAUCAGUACGUUUAACUCGAAGGAAUAAAUCGGUGUUUUUAGCACCGACUAUGGUAGAUUUUGAAAAGGAGAUCCAUUCACCAAAUAUUACAUCAAUCGUUGAUUAUUCUGUGUUUACAAAUGAAUUACGCAAAUCACACAAAGUCAGUCGACUAAGCGAAUCUCCACUGCUGAAACAAUCACAAGAACGGGGCAGUUCAUUUUUCACUGACAGAAAGGAAAGUGGUUUCGAUGAGAUACGUUUAGGAAAUUAUUGUUCACCUCCAUUUAAACGAUCAACAACUGCGUUAGCACCAGUAACAACAACAACAACAACACCAACAUCACCAUCAACUACAGAGCCACCAAAAAAAUCAUCCAUUUCAUCCUCAGCUUCCACUUCAUCAUCGUUCUCCGUCUCAUCCUCAUUCUCAUCAUCAUCGUCAUCGUCGUCGUCAUCAUUAUCAAGUCCAACGCAAUUUCAUAAAAAAUGGAAACAAAAAACUAUUAAAGUAAAAAGUACCACGCAUCUUUUGAAAAAAAUUCAUUAUUACAGAAUGCGUAAUACUAUAACAACUAUUCAUGACUUAAAGUCAUCAUUGCCAUCGUUAUUGUCGCAUAAAAAGCGUAGAAUGUUAACUCAACCCUAUCAACCAUUUUUCGGAGAAAGAUUUCAAGAUAAAAAUGCCAUACGAACAAUUGCAACUGGAAAUUAUUAAAAGAACAUGGCUAUUUUGAUACACAAAGGAGUUUCAAUCCAAUCAACCGCCAUUUCAUAUUUAGAUGAAAUUAAAACA